CUGCGACUUGCCCCUUGGACGUGCGGUAGCAUAGAACAGUUGAGACUGUUAGCGGUGGGUCACAUAGUACAACUCAGAUACUCCGCUACUCCGAUCGCCCACAGUACUCUUUUUCCUGUGGAUUGUCCACAUCCACUUCGACUUAAAACCCCCUCACAAGCGAAGUACUCCUUCAAAUUCACUGUACCCCCAUACUCCUAAUGGCUUCAGCAAUGCCCCUUUUAACUGCCAACAGUACAAUGCCUCGCGCCCUCUUAGUGUCUGAAAUUUUCUCGCACAUCAUAAGUUACGUCGGCACACACCAAAUCUCCACACCCGUCAUCGACAGGAUAACCCUUCAUAGACGUGAUCCUACCACGCUUUCCAGGAGGACUUUGUUAGCCCUUGCAUUAACGUGUCGCGCGUUCGCGGAGCAAGCAUUGGACGCUCUCUGGGAAACGAUUAUGCACCUUGCACCCCUCCUGCGAUGUGCUGGGAUUGUGCUCCCACCGAUACCACCCCCGGGAUUUGUUAGGGAAGAACUCCAUGAAGACCACUGCAUCAUCCCAACAGAGUCUCAGCUGGCCAUCAUUAAUCGCUACGCACAUCGUAUCCGGUUUUUAAUCAUGACCCAUGCCAGUUGGCAGAUUCAUGUCGAAUAUUUUUUGCAAACCCUUGUCUGCUCUUCCAAGGUCCUGCUGCCAAACUUACGAAGCUUAUUUGUCGAUUGUAAUCAUUUCUGCCAUCUGGUCCCCCCCUUGCUUGGCCCGCGUCUGCGGCAUCUUACCAUCAAGAUUACUUACUACGAAAACCAUGAGCACUACAAAGGUGACGAGGAAGAUGUUUUGCCUGCAUUUGACAUGGUCAUGCGGUCAUUACCCUCCUCUUGUCCGUCACUUGAAAGCUUCAAGGUUUACGCCAACUACAUACUUGGCCCAUGGGAUGUGCCAACAUUGGCUCUGCCGCUGUCGCAUGCUAUCCAAAACUUGCACAACCUGCAUAGCGUUGUCACUCCGGCCAUCACCAAGGACGCCAUGAUUCAUCUUGGUAGUCUCUCAUCUCUUACCAGCCUCCAGACACAUCUCCCCACCGGCAGUGAUCUCGAAGAUAUUUUUGGCUCAUCCCGCGGCCCCUUUCUCUUCGAGAACCAUGAAAGUGUUGAUUGGGUGAUCAAAGAAUGGCGAGACACCGAAGUCUUCACACGUCUAUGGCCUCGUAAACUCACCACAAUGAUACUUCGAUCCGACAAGAUUACGCUCGGUGGAGGCCCGCUGCAGGUACUUUUCAACUCGCUCCAUACGCGCGAGGCUUUCAGGCACCUGCAGCGCAUACACUUACUCGACUCCUAUCGCUGCAAACGCACAUCCGCAGACACAGCCAUCACAAUUGAAACCAUACGGCCGCUCUUCUACCUCAGUCACCUUCAAGUCGUGGAAUUCAAUACGGAAUCCUGUAUUGACAUCGACAAUGAUGGCCUCGUGGAAAUGGCAGAAGCCUGGCCUUGUCUUGAGGUGUUGUCCCUGAACAAGGAUAGUGGGUGCCGUGCUCGAAACCCAGUUACAUUGCUCGGGUUCGUCAAUUUCGUCGAUCUGUGUCCUCGCUUGAAGAAACUCUGGAUUACUAUUACAUGGGCUGAUGUGCACGAAGACGUUGAAGAUAUGGAGAGCUUACUCGACCUCGAGGGCCGACGUGACUCGGAUUUAGAAUAUCUCAAGUUGUACUCGCCCCCUAAGGAAAAAUGCACAGCUUGUGACUGGAGCUCGGAGGUGACCGUGCUUAUAGAAAAGCUUUUCCCUCGGGUGGUCUUUGAGUAGCUUAGAAGAGAAAGCAAGG